CUCGAUCCCCCCCCCCCCCCCCCCCCCACCACUUCACACUUGCCGAGAAAACGAACGCCUUCCCAGCAAGGCAGAGCAGCCGCAACGCGCGAGGCACCAGUUCGGCAGCUGCCGUCGCCGGCGGAAGGGCUCUGCCUCCGCGUCGCCGGGCAUGGCCGGGCAGCCGCCGCAGGCCUCGGAGGACGACUUCCUCGACCAGUUCUUCUCCCUCACAAACUCCCUCUCCGCCGGCGGCCGGCCCUCCGGCGACCAGCCCUUCUCCCUCGCCCUCAGCCUCGACGCCGCGGCGGAUGCUUCCGGGAGCAGGGACCGCCUCGGAGACGCCGACGACGUCGGGAAAUCGGAGCGGGACAGCGUGCAGCUUUCGGGUCUCUUCCCGCCGGUUUUCGGUGGUGUCGGACAGCCGCCGCACCUACGCCCCAGCCCGCCUGCCCAGAUGUUCCACGCGCAGCAGCCGAAGCAAGGUGGAUCAGCCGUUGGGCCGCAGCCACCGGCUCCGAGACCGAAGGUGCGAGCGCGUCGAGGACAGGCGACUGAUCCCCACAGCAUCGCUGAGAGGCUAAGAAGAGAGAGAAUUGCGGAAAGGAUGAGGGCCCUACAGGAAUUGGUCCCCAAUACAAACAAGACUGAUAGGGCAGCUAUGUUAGAUGAGAUCCUCGAUUAUGUGAAGUUCUUGAGGCUUCAAGUGAAGGUUUUAAGCAUGAGCAGACUGGGUGGUGCUGGUGCUGUUGCCCAGCUGGUUGCUGACAUUCCACUUUCAGUUAAGGGGGAAGCAAGCGAUAGUGGGAGCAACCAGCAGAUUUGGGAGAAGUGGUCAACGGAUGGCACCGAAAGACAGGUAGCAAAGCUGAUGGACGAGGACAUUGGCGCCGCGAUGCAAUUUCUCCAAUCCAAAGCGCUCUGCAUGAUGCCGAUCUCUCUUGCCAUGGCUAUAUAUGACACACAACAUUCACAGGAUGGCCAACCAGUGAAGCCUGAACCCAACAGUCAUUCCUAGUAUAGUAACAGCAAUUGUAACUGCAUCCCUACGGCUGCUAUGGCAUCGACCUAUCAAAGUGUAAGAUAAAACUGCUCGAUUUGGUUCGCUAACAAGGAGGCAGGAAAAGACCUAAAAGAUCCUCUCCACUUGAAGUUGUACCGAUGAUAUAUGAUGUCACCUACCCCUUUCCAUCUUUUGUCCAAAGGUGCUUUAAUUGCAAGGAUAUGCCUGCACAAACGGUUGACGGAAUUUGAACACAAGAUGAAAUGGGAGGCGAUGUUGAUGGUGACGUUCGUUCAUCUCCAUUUCUCCAAAGCAGAGGGUACAGAGGCUUUGGUCAAUUGAGGCUGAGCAUGCGUUAAUCCGCUUGCUAGUGGGUCUGCUAUGCUAUCUAUAUGCACUACCCUUUUUUUUAAUCUCUAGAGUCAUACUCUUGAUAAGAACUUCCAUAUAAGGUUGUCUCUUCUAUUGUUGAUUAAUCCAUAAAAGUAUCAUGUAUUUUCUGUAAUGGGUUAUCUACUUUCCCAGAUUUGUUUUGCCGACUUAUCUGUGGAGAACAGCUGUUUCUGCACUGUUCACUGCCGUAAUCACAAGGUUUCCUGGGUUUGUGGGCUAGCUGUGACCUGUGAGAAUCUACAACCUGGACAGCUGAAUGUGACUUGUUUGCUUGCAUAUUGCAUGUCACUGUAGAUUGUUCACUGACUAGGUAUGUGCUUGCGUGUUGUUACUACUUCAUAGGAUUUGUAAUGACUAUGCACAACAUAACUAGUGCCUGGCCAAGUUCCCCUUUCCAUAUCUGUUGGACAAAAGGGGGAUUUGCCUUUUUCAUCCUUUCAAUAAAGAUCUGUACAGGCCUGGUAUUUUAGGUUUCCA